AUGGAUUUGAGUGACGCUUUGCAGAUGCUUCCUCCUCCACCUGGGAGUUUCAUUGACCCCAAGCUCCGGCAGGGGAACACUACAGUGAGGAGAUUGAAGACAUUGAGACCUCUUACAGCUGCAGAAGGAAACUCCGAGCCUUCAACAUCGACUGAGUCAUCAUGGAAGAAGCGCUAUCCCCCAAGGGUCCCCAAUCUCAUUGGUGGUAGAUUUGUUAACUCGCAAUCAUCGACGUCUAUUGAUGUGUUAAACCCUGCUACACAGCAAGUAGUCUCUCAAGUUCCUUUAUCGACUGUUGAGGAAUAUAAAGCUGCAGUAUUUUCAGCAAAAAGAGCUUUUUCAUCAUGGCGGAAUACACCAGUUGCAACCCGUCAACGUAUCAUGUUCAAACUUCAUGAGCUUAUUCAGAGAGAUAUUGAUAAGCUUGCCAGCAUUAUUACGAUGGAGCAGGGUAAGACAUUAAAGGAUGCAUUUAAUGACGUGUCCCGUGGGAUUGAACUGGUGGAAAAUGCUUGUGGAAUGGCAAUGUUGCAGAUGGGGGACUUUGUUUCAAAUAUAUCAAAUGGAAUUGAUAGUUAUAGCAUUCGCGAGCCUCUUGGUGUUUGUGCUGGAAUAUGUUCUUUCAGUUUUCCCGCCAUGAUCCCAUUGUUGAUGUUUCCAAUUGCGAUCACAUGUGGCAAUACCUUUAUUUUAAAACCAUCAGAGAAAGCUCCAGGGGCAUGUGUCCAUCUUGCUGAGUUGGCAAUGGAAGCUGGUCUACCUAAGGGUGUCUUAAAUAUUGUUCAUGGGACCAAUGACAUUGUUAAUGCUAUCUGUGAUGAUGAAGAUAUUAAAGCUGUGUCACAUGUUGGUUCAGAUGCACCGGGAACGUAUAUUCAUGCUAGAGCAUCUGUCAACAGUAAGUGUGUUCAGAUCAAUGUUGGUGCCAAGAGCCAUGCAGUAGUGAUGCCAGAUGCGAACAUGGAGGCGACUUUGAGCUCUCUGGUUACUGCUGGUUUUGGUUCUUCAGUACAAAUGUGUACGGCACUCAUCUUUGUUGGAGGCUCAAAAUCUUGGGAAGAUAAGUUGGUGGAGCGCGCCAAGGCACUCAGAGUAGAUGCUGGAACUGAACCAGGUGUCGACAUUGGUCCAGUGAUUAGUAAGCAGGUUAAGGAACGGAUAUCCAGGGUGGUGCAAACAUUUGUUGACAAUGGUGCUCAAUUAGUCCUCGAUGGGAGAAAGAUUGUGGUUCCUAAAUAUGAGCUGGGAAACUUUGUUGGACCCACAAUCUUGACUGAUGUAAUGGAAGACAUGGAGGGUUACAUGGGGGAAAUUUUGGGUCCAGUUCUUCUUUGUAUGCAGGCUGCAACUUUUGAAGAGGCAAUAAGCAUUGUAAACAGAAACAAACAUGGAAAUGGAGCAUCCAUAUUUACAUCCUCCUGUGCUGCUGCAAGGAAAUUUCAGAAUGAGGUUGAGUCUGGGCAAAUUGGCAUCAAUCUGGCUGUUCCAACACCGUUACCGCUGUUCUCAUGUUCCGGGUCCAAGGCAUCAUUUACCGGAGAUACCAAUUUCUACGGUAAAGAUGGAGUUAAAUUUUACACCAAGAUGAAAACAGUAACUCAGCAAUGGAAAGACUUUUCUGGUAAUGGAACAUCUGCAAACAUAAUGUCAAAUGAUCAUCCGAAUAAUGGUGAAGAACAGAAUACAUUGCAGUCACUAGAUUUCCCGAGUAACGAUGUUGUAUCCCUGGGAUUGCAUUUGAGAGAUUUCUCAAAUAAUGAAGUGGUAUCGCUCCCAUUGCAUCCGAAUGAUAUUCACAGUAGGGAAGGGGUGUCUAUACCGUUGCAUUCAAAGGAUUUUCCAAGUAGUGAAGGGGAAUCUCUUGUUGAACAUUCAAGGGACAUUCUGAAUUCUGAUGGAAUAUCUUCGGGGCUAGCAUCAUUGGACGGAUCGCAUUGGACGCUAAACUUUUAG